UUCACUGCAAACAGACAAAAACUGGUUUUUUAUUUUUUGUCUUUUUUUCCUAACUAAUAUUUAUUUUAUCAAUUAUUAUUAUUACUAUUAGUUUGGUGCUCGUUUUAUUCCGUCCUUUGCCGUCCCUUUCAUUCCAUUCCCACUUCCAGCUCAGCCUGACUUCAAUAUUAUAAUUAUGUACUUCCAGCAUAGUUAAAUUUUGGUGAGUACCUGUUGUUUUUGUGCAAGGUGGGUGAUAAUGAUCAUCUGGAAAUCCAUCAUCUACCUUUUUUAUAGUAUGCUUGAAAAUAACUGUACUAAAUAAGUCAUAUUAUGAUGGCGAGUAAAGAUGAAAUUGAAGAUUGCGACAUUUUAAAACAAGGCAUGAUGGUGAAGCGAUCGCAAAACAAAAAGCGAUUCAUGCCUAUCAAUUACAAACAAAGAUGGUUUGUGUUGACCUCAAAGAAUUUCAUUUAUUACGAGUCAGAAUCAGAUGAAAUUAUUGAAAGAAGCUCACUGCCGUGUCUCCAUAACAUACAUCAACUGCUUAACAGGCGCAAAAAAGAGAGAGGUCGCAUAAAAUUGUCGUCGAUCACUGUGAUAGAAACGGCUACCAUAACACCAUCACCAAACAUCCUAUCCCAACAAGAUACUGGAAACAAUGAUGGCGAAAACGGUUAUUCUUUUCAAAUAUCUUACAACGACGUCAACGAUAUCCAAUACACUUUGUAUCUCAUAACUCAAAAGCUCCAGGAGCGCACCGACUGGAUACAAUCUCUGAGAACCGUCUGCGUGGAUAAUGUAGGAAAAAGCGAGAGGUACCACGUGUCUAUCUGGGGCGGAAAAAAGUGGCAAUGCUGUCGAGCGCCAACACGCCAUUCCGAAGGAUGUGAACCGUGUUCCGAGUGGAACACAACGCCACCGAAUUCGCCCAUCGUUAAGAACGGCAACAACAACAGCCCUGUAUUGGCUUUAACGGUAGCUAAUACGACAAUGCCGGGAGGAACGCCAGCAGCCAAGCUUAAGGAUCAAGUACCUAGAAUCAAGGUAGUGACUGCUCUUUAUCCGUUUAAGGCGAUCGAACCUGGAGAUUUGACUUUAGUUAAAGGGUGUGAGUAUGAAGUUAUUGAUGACUCACAGGAUCACUGGUGGAAAGUGAGAGAUGAAAAUGGUUCUAUCGGUUAUAUUCCUAGUAAUUAUGUUAAAGAAAAAGAACUUCUUGGGCUUCAAAAAUAUGAAUGGUAUGUUGGAGACAUGUCAAGACAAAGAGCUGAAUCUCUUCUGAAACAAGAAGACAAAGAAGGCUGUUUCGUUGUUAGAAAUUCUUCUACUAAGGGACUUUACACACUUUCACUUUUUACUAAAGUACCACAUUCUCAUGUCAAACAUUACCAUAUUAAACAAAAUAGCCGAGGAGAUUUUUUCUUAAGUGAAAAACAUUGUUGUUCGACCAUUCCAGAAUUAAUCAAUUACCACCGACACAAUAGUGGCGGAUUAGCAUCUCGGUUAAAAGCGUCGCCUUGUGAUCGCCCUGUCCCAGCAACUGCUGGUCUUAGUCAUGAUAAAUGGGAAAUCGAUCCUGCAGAACUUAUGUUGCUGGAAGAACUGGGAUCUGGUCAAUUUGGUGUAGUUCGCCAUGGCAAGUGGAAAGGAUCAAUUGACACUGCUGUCAAGAUGAUGAAGGAAGGUACAAUGUCUGAAGAUGAUUUCAUUGAAGAAGCCAAAGUCAUGACUAAACUUCAACACCAAAAUCUAGUCCAACUUUAUGGAGUCUGCAGCAAACACCGACCAAUAUACAUAGUUACCGAGUACAUGCGUCACGGAUCGUUGCUUAACUAUUUGAGAAGACAUGAAAACAAUUUAGGGGGAAAUAAUGGACUUUUGCUUGAUAUGUGCAUUCAGGUUUGUAAAGGCAUGGCCUAUUUAGAACGUCAUAACUAUAUUCAUCGAGAUCUUGCCGCUAGAAACUGCCUAGUUGGUUCAGAAAAUGUUGUUAAAGUUGCAGACUUUGGAUUGGCAAGGUAUGUUCUUGAUGACCAAUACACUAGUUCUGGAGGCACUAAAUUUCCCAUUAAAUGGGCACCACCUGAGGUAUUGAACUAUACCAGAUUUUCUUCAAAAUCUGAUGUUUGGGCUUAUGGCGUUUUAAUGUGGGAAAUAUUCACUUGCGGAAAAAUGCCUUAUGGAAGGCUUAAAAACACUGAAGUGGUUGAUCGUGUACAAAGAGGCAUAAUUCUUGAAAAACCCAAAAUGUGUUUUAAGGAAGUCUACGAGGUAAUGAGAAAGUGUUGGAGUCACUGUCCAGAAGACCGUCCAUCAUUCAGAGUACUCAAGGAUCAACUUGCUACUGUCUCUCAAGGCUUGUUAGCCGACUGACAGGCAUCAUAACAAUAUUAUGCUGUAUGCUUAUUGCUCAAUAUUGGUUACGAGCCGCUCAUAGAAUUGUGCCAGUUAGUACUUGAUAAAAAUCGCUUCAGCACUCUCUGUCGCCCACAUUAAGGUUAAAAAUAUCUAAUGUAAUGUAGUCCUGUGAGUUAUUUUUUUAUUAGUGUUGUUACUGAUUGAUCAACACAAUGAUCUCAAAGUCCGUAAUAAGUUUCGUGAACAAAAUUUACACAUUAUUCCACCUAUUUUUUUAAAGCACAUUUCAUACCUGCGGGUACGCCUACGCCUGUUUUUAUAUGUAGCAUAUACACUAUUCAAAUAUAACAUUUCACCUAAGGUACACAACGGGCCUAGUUUUGGUCAAUUAACAUUUUACUAAAAACGACACAUUAAAUAUAUAGAACAAAAUAUAUUAUAAUAUAUUUCAAUUACACAGGGUUAUGAAUUUAAAAAAUCUCUUUUACAUUUUCAUUAAUAGUAAUAAACAUAGACUUAACCUAAAAGUAAAAAGUUAUAACCAACUAGUGCUAUGGAAGUUUCCUGUUGGUCUAUUGAAUUAGGCCAAUUCUCCGAUGUCACUUGUUUCCAUAAUCAAAACUGCCAUGCAUUUUCUUUUUUAUCAAUAUAUUCACGAGAUCAGCUAUUUGUGAUAAUGUAAUUUUAACUGUCAAUAUUUUUAGGUUUUUAUGAUACAACACAGUUUUUUUCAUUGUAUAACUUUGAUAUUAUUGUCAUAAAUAUUGUGAUUGGAAUUUUACACAUUUAUGUAAUAAUUUGUAAAAUAACAAUAAACUAAUACUUAGAAUAGUUUCAGUAAUAUUAACUUGUACUGUAUCUAGGUAAGUACUAAAGUAUUAACUGCCUAUUAAACAUGACUUAUUUGAAAUUAAUUUUAUAUUUCUAUAAUAUUUAUAAAUGAUUAAGUAAGAGGACAAAAUAACCAUUCCGUGUGUAUA